GCGGGAGCCGAGAGUCGUGGGAAGGGGGAGCCGAGGGGAGGGCGCAGGCCGGAGGAGGGGCGGACCCGCCCGCGCGGAGCCGAGCGGAGCCGAGCCGCGCGGCCCAGGCUGGGCGCGACCCCGACCGACGGAGGCGGCGGCAGCGCACACAGCGGGACGAGGAGAGGGCGGGCCAUGCUGCGACUGGCGCCCGCUGGCGCCCGAACCAUCGUGGACAUGUCUUACUCCCGCCACUUCCUGGACUUCCAGGGCUCCGCCAUCCCCCGAACCAUGCAGAAGCUGGUAGUGACGCGGCUGAGCCCUAACUUCCGCGACGCGGUUACCCUGCGUCGGGACUGCCCGGUGCCGCUCCCUGGGGACCGAGACCUUCUCGUCCGAAACCGAUUUGUUGGUAUUAAUGCUUCUGACAUCAACUAUUCAGCUGGCCGCUAUGACCCAUCGGUGAAGCCCCCCUUUGAUAUAGGCUUUGAGGGGAUUGGUGAGGUGGUAGCCUUAGGCCUCUCUGCCAGUGCCAGAUUCACAGUAGGCCAGGCUGUGGCUUACAUGGCACCUGGUUCCUUCGCUGAGUACACAGUCGUGCCUGCCAAACAAGCAACUCCAGUGCCUUCUGUGAAACCAGAGUAUCUCACCCUGCUGGUAAGCGGCACCACUGCAUACAUCAGCCUGAAAGAGCUUGGUGAGCUGUCAGAAGGAAAGAAAGUUUUGGUGACAGCAGCAGCUGGGGGGACGGGCCAGUUUGCUGUGCAGCUCUCAAAGAAGGCAAAGUGCCAUGUAAUUGGAACCUGUUCUUCUGAUGAAAAGUCUGCUUUCCUGAAGUCUAUUGGAUGUGACCGUCCCAUCAACUACAACACCGAGUCUGUUGGAACUGUCCUGAAAUCUGAGUACCCAGAAGGUGUCGAUGUGGUCUACGAAUCUGUCGGGGGAGCCAUGUUUGAUUUGGCCGUAGACGCUUUGGCUACCAAAGGGCGCUUGAUAGUAAUUGGGUUUAUCUCUGGCUACCAGAGUCCUACUGGCCUUUCGCCUGUGAAAGCAGGAACAUUGCCAGCCAAACUGCUGAAGAAAUCUGCCAGCAUCCGUGGCUUUUUCCUGAACCAUUACCUCUCCGAGUAUCAGGCAGCCAUGGAGCACUUGCUCAAGCUGUGUGCCAGCAGGGACCUGGCCUGCGAAGUGGACCUGGGUGACCUGUCUCCAGAGGGCAGGUUUACUGGCCUGAACUCCAUAUUCCGGGCUGUCGAUUAUAUGUACAUGGGAAAAAACACUGGAAAAAUUGUAGUUGAAUUACCUCACUCUGUCAACAGUAAGCUGUAAAAACAGAACAGUGACAUAAAUCAAAGGAGAAAGAAAGCGAGUACUUUAUGCCUCAGAAUUACUCAAAUCAAUUUAUUUUAGUUGGUAGUGGAUAUAAUAUUUUUUAAAACAACAGUAAGGUGUUAUGAAUGUAGAUGUCUCCCUCCUCCCCUGUCAGACCAAAAAAAGUGCCAAUAAAAGUUCCCUCCAUGGCUAAGAGGUAAAACAUUUACAUUUGAUCCUUUCGUCAUGGACCAUCUCAUUCCAGAUUUUAUUGUUCCAAGGAAGUAAAUUAAUUCCUGAUGCAGCACCCGAUCAAAUCAGUAUGUCUUCAGCUUGAUGAAAUUCUAAAAUCAGUCUUGAAAAUAGUUCAGAGUCUUCUUUGCUGAGGGAGACUUUGCUCUUGUAUUAACAAGUAGUCUGCCAGUGAGAGGUGUAGCGCACGUCAGCCGUGUGUUUUCACAGUCAGUAUCCUCAGGAAAUAGCCCCGUUCCCUUUUUUCUGUAAAUCACUAACAACUAUCUAAACAGACAUUUGGAGAAAUCUCCAAAUUUGUUUUGCUUGUUUUUAAAAAAUGAUUCAGCAAAUACAAAUGUAUCUAAAAGAAGAAUCUGUUUGAUGGCUUUAUCCACAAUCACCCUGGUAAGAUGUGUGCAAUAGAAAAUUUCCAUGAUCUUUGAAGUAGCCAGUUACUGUUGAAAACUGACACAAGCUAGGAAGUAGAUUUUAGCAAGGGAAACCAUAGAGUUUAAAUGGGUUUUUAAUAUAUGCUCAUGAAAGGAAAAAAUCACAUGCUACUGUUACAGUGAGCCUUUGCCUACAAACAUGGACCACAGAAGGGAACACGUCCUGAAGACACAGGUAGGAAGGGUUAAUGCUGCACUUCACUUGCCUGUGGGUGGGGGGGGUCGUGUGUCACUCAGCAGCUUGCCCAGUAGGGACUGAAGUGAUCUAAAUAAUAAUGUAUUUGCUUCAGUUGGGAGCAUGUAGUCAGAGGAUGUGGGUUUGUGUUCUGCUCAUAGAAACACAAGCAGUCAGUGAUCCUGUAUUCCCAUUUCACUGCUCCAGUGUCCUGGUGGAAUGAGAUGCCCUUUGUCACCAUUGCCUGAUCACACACACACACACACACACACACACAUACACACCCACCCCUACUGACCACAUGUGAAGAGUAGCUUUCUUUUCUGAAUCAUCACACAGCUGAUCCACUUCCUUCUUAACCUUCAGUGCCACAAAGGCUGCUAUCACUUUCAUCAUUAAGUCAAAAUCCCACAGUGCUGUCUAAUUGAAGGUGAAACCCACCAGAUUAUUUUUCACAAUCUUGAGUUUCAGUGCAUCAAACGUGCUCAGUAAAGAAGAAUGUAAUUAAAGAUGCUCCAGGAAAGUUGGAACUAGAUUUAAUUCUUUUCUUGCAUCUGAGGAGCAAAGAAAUCCUACUGCUGAAUAGCUGUUAGUAUCUAUUUUACAAGAUUUACUCAUUUUCAGGUACCUAAUGUAGCUGCUAGCAUGCAUGCACAACAAUACAAUUUAUAUGGUAAAUGGAACCAAAUAAUGGCUUCACUGAAUGUUAUGGCUGCACUGAAGGGAAAUGUCACGGUAAAUAGCUGCCAAAUUAUGGAUCAUGCCGAAGUGUCACAACUGCACUAAAGACAAAUAGCACUAGAGGCUAUUGCCACUAUGACGCUUUUGAGUUAUGAAGAAGGGUAGCAGCCCGAUUCGAGGUUCUUUGUGUCCUCAUCUUUGCAAAGGGCUACUAGUGCAGGGGACAAGAAGGGCUCAUCCAGUGUGGUGCUCAGUUAUUAAUCUGUCCCUUUCAGACCUAACAGCUGUAGCAAAACAGAAAGGGACUUUCCUUCCUUGCUCUUCGAUACACAAAUAGGAGGGGGGUAGCAGGUUUUAUGAAUGUAACUGUGCUCAGAAAAUGACUGGUAAUGGAAAAAUGUUGUUAUAAAAUAAUCUAAUCAAAAGAUAUUAUUAAAUUUAACAUAGUGUAUGUCUGAAAGGGUUAGUUGCUUCUUAUGCAGAUAGAUGUGUGAAAUCUAAGCAAUAAUGCACUUUCUCCCUCAGUAAAGACUUGAGGACUGAGGACAUUACUAACUAAAUUGCUUCUUCUAAACUGAAGUAAGUCCCGGUUUCUUUCAUUUUAAUGGGAGGGUAAUAAAGAUGAAAGACCAACAUUUUAUCUGAUGGAUCCCUUAAGCUACAGAAUAGAAAUUUAUUAUGUUUUGAGGGAAUAUACUAAGUUCAGCUAUGUAAAAAUAAAAUUCAAACACCCAGGUUUAAAAUAAAACAUAAUC